UGACGUGCUGACGUAUUGCGGUAAGCGAGUUGUGUCAUUUCCGGUGUUUCUGUGACAGCGUCUCUGUACUGCUCUGGUGAAUUCUACUAGCCUGCUUUCUGCUUUCUCACUUCAGUUGCUUUAACGUCUACUUCAAGUCUUAACCCACACUGGUUCUGUUUAAGCACUUACAGCUCUCCUCCUUUCUACGACUUUCUUGCUGAUCUCUUAGCUGUUGUUUGCGCGUUACUAGCCUUGGUAGCUACAUUAGCUUUACAGUUAGCGAUGGCUUCUCCCUCUGCUCUUUCUUGCUCGGUGUGCCAAAUGUUCAGUUAUGCCUCUGCCUCCUUUAGCGACAGUGGUAAUUGUAAUAAGUGUAGCUUAUUUGCUGCGUUGGAGGCGAGGCUUAGUGAAUUAGAAGCGCGGCUUGGCACCAUGGAAAGCCAUUCAGUAGCUGUGGUAGUUAGCCAGCCCCCUGUAGCCGGUGCGGAGCCACAUAGCAUAGCCUUAGCCUCUGCUAGCAGUCCUCCUGUAACGCCUGUUCAGCCGGGAGGUUGGGUAACCGUUCGCCAGAGGCAUAGCUCCAAGCCGAAGCCCACGGCUCACCACCAGCCUGUUCACGUUUCCAACCGCUUUUCCCAACUCAGCGACACACUCGCUGAGGAUAAAACUCUGGUUAUUGGCAGCUCUAUUCUGAGGAACAUGAAGUUAGCAACACCAUUAGCAACACCAGUUGCCAUAGUCAAAUGUAUCCCUGGGGCCAGAGCGGGCGACAUUGAAUCAAAUUUAAAACUGCUGGCUAAAGCUAAACGUAGAUUCAGUAAGAUUGUUAUUCACGUCGGCGGCAAUGACACCCGGUUACGCCAAUCGGAGGUCACUAAAAUUAAUAUUGCCUCGGUGUGUGAAUAUGCAAAAAUGAUGUCGGACUCCGUAGUUUUCUCUGGACCCCUCCCA